AUGGAAGGACACAUGAACACAGAUCCCACGCCGGAGGAGCUCGAAUUAAACAUCGCUCUGUCGGAAUCCCUCGCCUGCAAAACCUGCGCCAUCCAGCUUCCCAGAGCCACGUACCAGCGCCAUCUGCAGUCGCAGAUCUACGUGUCGACGCGCGAUCCGCCAUUCGUGCUCUCCCGAGCGGCGCUGAACGGCUUGAGUGCGUUCGGGCUGACGGCACCGGUUGCGUCCCCGGGAGAGGACCAGGGGUCGCUGGGCACUGUCGAGAUGGAUGACGAUGGCGAGGAUACGACGAUCGCGCCACAUGAGAUACCGCCGCGGAAGCGACGACCGGGCUACCAGGCUCUGAUGACGGGGUCGCAAAGGGAGACCUACGAGCGUCAGGUGAAGAAGUAUGUGGCCGAGGUUCCGAAUCGGGAUGUUGCGAUGGCGCGGUACCAUGCCGAUUACCAUGUUCAUUUGCACUGGCUGAGUCGACGGGGAGCGCUGUCGCUGUGCCGGGAUGUGAAAGAGAUGCAUGAACUAAGGAAAUGGCGGUGGAAAAUGGCACAGCUAGACGUUCAGGCCGCGGAGGAGGCCGCCUCUCCGGCGGAGAACACCGGCUCGGGCGAAGAUGCCACCGAGGACGGCACGCCCAAGAAGCCCCCGCGAAGGGUCACGGCGAGACGGUGGGGGUGGCCAGGCGAUAGCCAUCUGUUCAUGAUGUAUCAGACUGCGUUGUGGCGGCAAAAGUGGAUGGUUCGGCAGAAGCACCUCGACGAGGUGCGCAUCAAAUGGACCGCCAUUAUGGAAGAACGUCGGAGGCAGCGGAAAUGCGUCAAGGUGAGAUUAUUCUGGGGACACGGAUAUAAGAAUCUGCUGAGGGAAAUAGAGUUGGAAGAGCCAUGGGUUGGCGAGCACAUCAUCAGAUAA